AGGUUUUUAGGCCUUCUCAGGUUCGUAGGGGAUCUCCAUCAGGUACUUCCUUCUUCCUGACGGGACUUUGCUUGCUUUUAAGACAGGGUCGUAUAUUCUGUAGCCAUGUCUGGCAUUGAACUCGGGAAUCUGCCUGCCUUUGCCUCCCUGGUGCUGGGAUUGAAGGCAUGGCUCCUUCCCUAAGAGACUUUAAAACCCUGUGUUUCCGCAGAUGUCAGAAUUGUGGCCCGGUUUGGAGAGAGACCUCGUCGAUGAGGGAAUUAACCGGAGAAGUGGGACUAGGACUAUAGAUGAAAAUUACUGAAGGGUUGCCAAGUGGAAGAUUAAACCAUUUUUGUGUUUCCUCCUAAUGUUAUCCUGACAGUGGAAGAUUACUGUCAGGAGAUUUUGGCCUCACAGAUAGUAAUUUUUGUUGUUGUUGUUGGUUUUUUGGUUUUUUGUUUUUUUCCGAGACAGGGUUUCUCUGUGGCUUUGGAGGCUGUCCUGGAACUAGCUCUUGUAGACCAGGCUGGUCUUGAACUCACAGAGAUCCGCCUGCUUCUGCCUCCCAAGUGCUGGGAUUAAUGGUGUGUGCCGCCACCACCCAGCAACAGAUAGUAAUUUUAACGCCUUGAACCAGUUUCUGGACAGUUCCUUGGAGGAGCCAAGGAUUAGAGUAAGCGAGGCCAGGUUCCUUUCUGACUGGGUAUCCCGUGAUACAGAGUUGUCUUUUCCUGGUGGGAGUUUGAAAUGAAGGGCACUCUGGAAGUUCUCUUCUUGUGUCCUGAAAACUGCACACGUUCAGAUUAGGCUUUCCGAUGCCAGUUCCUUAAUUUACGUUCCACUGUCACUCAGUAACCAUUUGAUUGGUGUGGCUCCUUAACACCCAGAGCCUUCACACUUGCCAUUUAAUUUCCCUUCUAAAAGGCUGACCAUGUUUUCUGUUGAAAAAUGAAGGAUCUUCCAAGUCCCUGCUACCCACUCUCUUUUUAUUUUGAAACACAGCUUUGAGAUCAACUAGUCAUUAAACCUGUGGGUCACAUGCAUGCCUGUGGGUUUCUGAAAGAAUUGAUUCUUUGUGUUUACUCAGAACUGAGAUGGCUGGUGUGUGAACUGGAAACUUGAGAGCAUUUGAAAGAAUCCACUGAAUGGCUUUGAACUUUCAUAAAGCUAGAGAGCCUAUCAGAAUCCACCUCUGCCCAUCUGAUAUGCUUCUGUUUCCAGUGGAACUCCCCGAGAGAGGAGUUGGAAGAGGUCCCAGUGCAGACAGCCGCAUGGAUUUUCCUGAAACCAGACUAUAGAUCUGACUUGUUAGAUCUGACUUGUUUCAGUUUGUUUCCUCCUGAACUUCUCAGAGAUGCAGAGAUAUUCCUGGAAUUGAACCUGCCCCGAAGGGAAGUUGCAUUUUCAUAUUGAAUGAAAAGUAAGCAAGUGGCAGAAACCACCUGACUUGACCACAUCUAGAGUCACUGGACUGGGGACACCAGUUGGGGACAGAGAAGUGCUUCUAGGAGGAAUACCAGGUGAAGAGGAUGAGGCCAGCUGGAGAGUAAAUGGCCACCCCCACCCCCUCAGAGAUAAAGUCAGCCUCAUGGUGGAACUAUUUUUUUCUAUAUGAUGGUUCCAAGGUAAAGGGAGAAGGAGACCCAACCAGAGCUGGCAUCUGCUACUUCUACCCCUCCAAGACCCUGCUGGACCAACAGGAGCUGCUCUGUGGCCAGCUUGCCGGAGUCGUUCGCUGCCUCUGGGACCUUUCUGGUACCCCACCCACGCUCAUCCGCCUGCGGAAACUCAAGUUUGCCAUCAGGGUGGAUGGGGACUACCUGUGGGCUCUGGGCUGUGGUGUGGAGCUCUCUGAUGUCAGCUGCAGGCAGUUUCUGGAUCAACUCAUUGGAUUCUUUCAUUUCUACAUGGGCCCUGUCUCCCUGGCCUACAAGAGUCGUUCUCAGGAGGAGCUGAGCCUGCAGUGGGACACCUUCAUCACACAGGUCCUCAGGGGCACCAGUGAGUCACACAGGAUCUUCAAUGCCCUGUGGAAUCUUGACCACACCAAAGUGGAGCCCCUGCUGCUGCUGAAGGCAGCCCUCAUCUUGCAAACCUGCCAGCGCUCUCCGCAUGUCCUAGCUGGCUGCAUCCUCUACAAAGGACUGAUUGUGAAUUCCCAGCUCCCUCCUUCCCUCACCGCCAAGGUCCUGCUUUACCAGACUGCCCCUGAAGACCAGAGACUUCCUGGAGCAGGAGCUCCCCAACAGGAAGCAGGAGCAGCAUUGCCCCCCAAUGUGCAGAUCACCCCAGUUUUUCUGAGUGAGGAGGAAGUUGCUAGCCUCCAUGAGUUCACAGUGGAGCAGAAGACUAGACUCCAGGAAAGUUCAUCUCAGUACCCUCCCUGGGAUCGAAGCACCCCUACCCGGGCAGAAGAUGCCUGGACAUCAGCCACCAUCCUGGAGCCCACACCCCAUGAUGGAGCAUGGCUGAAUGGCAGAGGGGCAGAUGGACACUUGCUUGGGCAUGAGCAGCAGGAGCAUGCAGCCGCUGCAGGACUGUGUGCCACUGCCUGUGGCCCGGGUUCUGGCAGCAGCAGCAGCAGUUUGCAGCAGGAGCUGGGUUUUUCCCAAGAGGAACUGGACUUGUCUGAAAUCCACAUCUCCGAGGCUCAGGAAGCCUUCUCACCCGCACCUGCCCUGGGCGAUCAGGAAGCUGUCUUCACCAGCCACCAGGCCCCCACGCUGCCUGAAGAUACAGCAGUGUGCAGCUGCCUGGACCCUUCUCCUCUUGAGAGGCUCCCUGAGAGCAGAGGGCUGGAACGGCUUACAGACCUUCCCAUCUCCAACGGACAAACCCAAGUUCCUGGCAUGGACCCUCUCCCCAGAAGAAGCAGCAGGCCUGCGGUACUUCCUCCCCAAGAUCCUGGUGCAGAGCAGUAUAGGGAUGGAAGCCAUGAGCACCGUUCAGCUCUAGCAUGCACUUUGUACUCAGGGGACUCUCGGGGCCCCAGCACCCCUGCAGACAGAAUUGGCUUUGCGCCAUCCCCAGCCGGGCCCUAUGCAGGGCUCUUGCCCAUGAACCUCUACACUCACAGUGUCAAUGGGCUGGUGCUAUCCCUGUUGGGUGAGGAGCCUCUUCUCAGAGACACUGCAGCCAUCGAGGAGGUGUACCACAGCAGCCUAGCAUCCCUGAACGGGCUGGAAGUCCACCUGAAGGAGACACUACCCAGAGACGAGGCCUGCCCCACAAGCAGCACAUACAGCUUCGUGCAUUAUGACCGAAUCCAGAGCAUGCUCACAGCCAACCUGUCUCUAGUGGCCGCUCCCCAGGACCGUCGCUUUCUGCAGGCCAUCAAUCUUGUACACUCCGACUUUGCCCAGCUGCCUACGCUCUAUGAGAUGACCGUCAGGAAUGCCUCUACAGCUGUGUAUGCCUGCUGCAACCCUGCCCAGGAGACCUACUUCCAGCAGCUGACACCCACCACCCGCAGCUCCGGCUUCCCAAACCCUCAGGAUUGUGCCUUCAGCCUUGCAGGCAAAGCCAAGAGGAAGCUGCUGAAGCAUGGAGUGAACCUGCUGUGAGGCAGCCGUGCACAGCCGUGUAUCACCUGGGCUGUGCAGCAGCCCCUCCUGACUGUCCCCAAUGUUGAGGGUUGAGAAGGACCUUGCUCUUCAGUAGCCGCUGCAUGAGAGUGAGAGGGCUCAGGUUCUGUCAGGUGUAAGUGGCUUCAAUGAGGUGCAGAGCAGGCUGCAGGCUGCAGCCACAGGAAUCUCAGCUGACAGUUCACUCAAGCUACCUAUGGUGCUUUGCAACCUUGUGAUGCUGCAUUCCAAGUGUAUGAAACAGAUUCCCAAGGUCUCAAAAAUAAAAUGACCAAACUGA